UUUGUCGUUUUGCAUCUUUCUAUCUACAAAUCUAUGAGGCAUCACAUCGAACCGAGGGAUCCAUUUCAAAGUGGUGUGUUGUGAAAUAGGCAGCUGUAGUGCAUCCAUUUGCAUCAAUUACAUUUUGUCAAAAUCGAAUAAAUACUUAACUUAUCUUUGAGUCAUUUAUCUGAUAUAUACUGUAUAAUCUCAAAGAAUUUGCAAAGGUUUUUUCAAUGAUUUCACCUUCCAGCCUGUUACCUGACUGAAACCAGGUCUGAGGUCUGACCUGUGUUGCACGCGUGUGUCAAUCUCCAUCACCGACACUCCAGUUCGUUUUAAAGACCUGAGGAUUGUCUGCAGGAGGAGCUGAAGGCGUUCAGAGAAUCAGUGACCACCUGCACAGGUCUCAGCCUGAGUUAUUACUACGAGACGUGAGGCUGUCAGAGCAACAUGUAGGGAGGAGGAAGCCGUUACGUCUCCACCUGUCACCUGUCCAGAAAGUAGGGCCGGGUGGGUCGAUCCUUUUUUACCCCCCACACUCAGAGCCGCCAGUUGUCAUGGAGUCUGUGGCGAGGAUGAAGAAGGCGCUGAGGAGGCCCAUAAGGAAGCUGAACAGUUGUGUGACGGGGGAGGGGGAGAAGAGGUUGUGUGCCAAACGCAGGGAGAAGAGGGGCAGAUGUCACAGAGACGGCAUCACGUUCGGGAAAACCCCCUCGUGUCGAGGUCCAAAUCCCAGAGACCCAUCAGUCACUCGCCCGUACCGAGCGGACAUGGAGAAAGAGAGGAAGCUGCGGGAGGUGACGAACGCUCAGAAAAACGCACAGAGAGCAGCCAUGAGAGCUCACUUCAGGAGGAAAUAUCAGCUCGCUCAGGACCCAAAGGACACAAACCACCUGAGGUCUGCUGGCGGAAAAGUAUGGCUCCCCCACGAGCUGUCGAAGAUUAUUCAUCCUGAAGCCAAAGCCAAGGACGAUGGCUUCAACCUGCUGAGCGCCUUUCAAGGCCUCAGCAUCAACACGGCAGUUUUCACAGGGAGGAAACCCUGCAGGACGCCCACUCCCAUCCCCACAUCUGGAGACGCUUGUCGAGUCAUGUGAUCAGUGUAAUCACACAGAUGGGUACUGCAUGACAAUAAAUCCCUACCUGCUGCUGGCUCAAUGGCAAAAUGCAGACUUUUAAAAACAUUCUUAAGACUUUUAUUUAAAAAAGUUCAAAUAUACCUGUCAAUCAAGGUAAUAUCUCGUGAAAUGUACUUAAAAAUGUGUUUGAUGAAGAUACACGCAGUCUGAGUUCAACUUUAUUCAAUGCAGGGUUUAUUUUUAUAUGUCAAGGCAGCGACAACAUUACGGAGCCCGUCCAGUGACACUGGAUAAAAAACGAUUGUGUGGCCACAAAAUAACUCGUGGCCACACAUUGAAUAGCCACGAGUUAAUAAGUUAAAAAUUUUUUGUGUAAUGAUAACUAGAAGCACUCGGAGAGUACAUAACUCCGCUAAGACCAAUUUCCUCCAUCCUGUAAGAGUUAA